UUGGCCGUGCGCCACAAACAGCCGCAGUAUCGACAAACGUUCACAAAACGUUUAGACGUAACAACCAUAGUGUCAUUUCUCUUCUUAUUUCAUUAACUACACCAUUCAAAACUUCAAUUUUCCUUCGUUUCUAGUUGUAUAAGUGUUAAGUGUUACCAUUAUUAUGUUAAAAUAAUGCAUAGUGCCGCAUAAUAGUACAUAUUUUGAAGCAAUUACGUAAUGGGAAUUAUGCUAGACAAGUUUAAAGUUUUGCCCUGAAAUUCAACAUGGCCGCUGACACAGGGAUGGAUACUUGCCCCAGUCCGGAAAUCACGGACUCGAGGAAACGGCCGCUCGACGGCGACUCGGAGAAUGGAGACGUAAAGAGAUCACACUUUAGCUCGGUGCAAGACUUGGUGACCGCGUUGCCUCUGGCCAACGGCCAUGGCAAUAUAACGUCUCAUUUCGCCGUGGAGCCGACAUACCACUUCAAGGUGCUGGUGCCGUCCAUGGUGGCCGGCGCCAUCAUCGGCAAGGGUGGCGAGACCAUCGCCCAGCUGCAGAAGGACACUGGCGCCAGGGUCAAGAUGUCCAAAUCCCAUGACUUCUAUCCUGGUACAACGGAACGAGCAUGCCUCAUCACGGGCUCCGUCGACGGCAUCAUGGUGGUGCUGGACUUCAUCAUGGACAAGAUCAAGGAGAAGCCCGAGCUCGUCAAACCCUUCCCGGAAGGCGUCGAUACCAAGAUGCCUCAGGAUAGAGACAAGCAGGUGAAGAUCCUGGUGCCAAACUCCACGGCCGGCAUGAUCAUCGGCAAGGGCGGUAACUACAUCAAGCAGAUCAAGGAACAAAGUGGUAGCUACGUGCAGAUCUCGCAGAAGGCUAAGGAGCUCUCGCUGCAGGAGCGGUGCAUCACUGUCGUGGGUGAAAAAGAGAACAACAAGAAGGCCUGCCUGAUGAUCCUACAGAAGGUGGUGGACGACCCUCAGUCCGGGUCGUGUCCCAACGUGUCGUACGCGGACGUGGCCGGGCCGGUCGCCAACUACAACCCGACCGGGUCGCCGUACGCCGUGCCCACCGCUGAGGUGAAAGAGAACCACGGUCUGGCAGGCGGCGUGGGGUCGGUGGGGUCGGUGCUGGUGAACGGCGGCGGCGUGGGGUCGGUGGGGUCGGUGGGCGCGGUGGGGGCGCUGUCGCUGUCGCUGUCGCUGGCGCCGCCCGGCCAGGGCGCCGCCGCGCCGCUCUCGCAGCACACGCUCGACAGCAUCAAGGCGGCGCUGCGGCAGGCCGGGUACAGCGACGCCGGGGUGAGCGAGAUCGGGGCCGCGCUAGCCCUGCUGGUGAAGCACGGCGUGCUGGGGCUGGCGCUGCCGGCCGCGCUGCCGGCGCCGCCGCUGUCGGCCGCCUACUUCCCGCUGCCCGCGCAGGACCCGCCCGCAGUCUUCGGGCCCAUCGGACAAGUGCCGCUCGGUAUGUACUCAGGCGGCGCGCGCGGCGGCUCGCUAGAGCGUUUCGCGGAGGUUGCAUUCGAGGCGCUUCGCCCCCCAGCCGUGGCGCCCAUCUCGCUGUCGGCCGGCGUGGGCGGCGUGGGCGGCGUGGCCGGCUUCCCCUCCGCCUCGCUGCUGCCGCUCUCCAAGAGCCCCACGCCCGCCGACGCCGGCGCCAAGGACUCCAAGAACGUCGAGAUCGCCGAGGUCAUCGUCGGCGCCAUACUAGGUCCUGGCGGGCGCAGCCUGGUGGAGAUCCAGCAGAUGUCGGGCGCCAACAUCCAGAUCUCGAAGAAGGGCACGUUCGCGCCGGGCACGCGCAACCGCAUCGUCACCAUCAGCGGCUCCGCCACCGCCAUCAGCAACGCGCAGUACCUCAUCGACCAGAAGAUCCAGGAGGAGGAGCUCAAGCGCACCCGCCACAACGCCAUCUCCGGCCUCAUGCAGUAGCACUCUAGUCACCGGCCGACACUUACCUGACUCUAGUUAAGAAGUUUUGUUUUGUUUACCUGACGGAGGAUAUAAUUUAUGCAGCUCUCGCCGCGCGUCGCCCCGCCGCGUGGCGACACAGUUACCGUCCGGCGGCCGCGUCCCGCUCCGCGCGGAACUACUAUGUGGCGACGCGGACCGCCCGACACUAUAUAUUUUACGUUUCUUAUCGUGAUGACAAGUAAUUAUUUUGUUCUGCCUAGCAGACGGUUAUUGUUGUUUAAGAUAUAAUAAUGAAAUAUUGUGAUAUCUCCUAUCACGGAAAUUCCUAUUCCAUACACAUAUUAUUUUUGUAUAUUAUUCACCACAGCAUACGUUUUGUUUAUUUACAAAGUUGAUUUCAUUGUAAAUGUUACCAUUGAUAAGUUAUUUUUCUUUAGUUUAUUAGGAUUAGUGAUGUGGUCGAUUGAUAAAUCUAUCGAUGCGGUAACUCUCAUAGGGAGACGUUAUCGAUACCCUUCGCGACACUACGGGAGUUUAGGAGCUAAAUCCUACCAAAGUUGUUUUAUUUACUGACGCAUAAUGAGUAGCAUCGACUUGGGUACAGCGUUUAUAUGCGUACCGAUAGUAUCGAGAUGGAUUGUGAACGUCACAAGCCGGAGUUAGUCGGAACAGAGCAGUCGCGCGGACUAUGCACCUGCCGUGACGUGCUCGCGGUCAGUGGAGAGUCGGCGCGAGUGCUGCCGGCGCAAGUCGGUGCCGCGCGAGUCACUGCACUCAACAAUCACUUCGCUUUGUCAAGUGUCACCCGAGUUUGUUUCUCCCGAUCUGGCUAGCAGAGUUCUUCAUUCCUGAUUUCUCUCGGUAAAGAUCUUUAUUUUUUUAUACAUUUAUAAACAAAAUAAUAAUUAUCUAAUCGUUUUAAAUUUUAUUUUUAUUAGGAAAGUUUCAUAGUUAUUGAUUUGUUGUCGGUCUAAAUUUGUCUUACGAUAUAAGUACAAUUUAAAUAAUAAUGAAAUGCAUGUCCAGAAUAGUAGAUGAAAUAAUAAUAAAAAAUAUUUUAAACAUUUUAAAUGCAGAUUUCUAUAUAUCGAGAUGACAAUAUAAAUGAUAUAUUCUUAUUUACAGUUACGAUAUGAUUGAAUAUUUUAUUUUUUGCGCCGUCGUUUUACCAAGACGUUCUUUAGUGGCUGUUAGAGUCCGCGCGGCGACGACUUCUAGUCGCACGACCCGCGGUAGUGGAACCUGCGUUACAACAUUUUGCAACGUCAUGUUAAUGUCUAGAAGUCGUGGCCGUGCGCAGUACGUUAGAUUUACAUAAUAUUAUAAACUGUGAUUGUUUUCGUCGACAUUGUCAAGGUACUACGUGUCAGUCUCCACUUAGAGUAGAAGCCGUUCGGCACUUCGCCGGAGGGUAGUUAUAAGUUGUGUUCGUUUACCUCAGAAGUGCCAUCGUUCUAGAUACAGGAAUAGUGAGGUGAGCCUUAUCACAUCUUCAGUGUUCGCAGGCGACGGUCACUCCGCUUUGUUGUUACUGUUGGAGCGAUAUAAUAUGUAGUUACAUUAACGUUUGAAGCUGCUGACAGUACAGUGAAGCGGAGUCUCGCUAUAAAUUAUUUUUGUGUACACCUCCGGCCCUACGUUGGGCGCCAGCAAUACGUUACAAGUUAAUACGCAAAUAACUAAUGGGUGAUAACUUCUUACGAAGGCAGUGAAUACUAUCAAAUGUGAAUAAACGUAUGAAGUACAAAAAGAAACGUAAUCAUAAUAAAAAAUAUAAUAAUUCGAAAUCGGCUUAAUGAUGAAAGUUAAUGUACGAUAGUGUUUAAGAAAUCGGAAUUGAGAGACAAUUUCUCAGCUAAUUCAUUCACAAUUACGCGAUUAUUAAUUAAUUAAUAAAUAAAAAGUAUAUAAAUAUUUUUAACUAAUUAACUAUUAGGGAAGUGAGCACGCUCGAUUCGCCAUAACCUCGUACUUCCGUGAAAAGUGAAAUAAUAGUGAAUAUAAGGUUGUUGUAAGUAGUGUGGCUCGCUCCGAGGCGUUGUUACUGCUCUAUUACAUAUAUACGUGUGUUAUGUAGUUACCGCGGAGUAGUGGCAUUACCUAGCUAGUUCAUAUUAUAUAUUCAAUCUUUAACGUAUAGGUAACGCUGUUCGAUACAUUUCUGGUGUUUUUCGAAUUUUUCUCAUCUAAACUAUGUAUAUGGGGGUAGGAACAGAUAUCGUCUUGUGUCAAUUAAUAAAUGUCUGUUUGUGCGUUCGCGGUGGCUACACUAUGGAAAUAAGCUGAGAACUGAACGGUUACUGGAAGUAUAUGGAACGUGCGCGUUUCCGACUAAGCAUAAUAUAAUCGAGUAGAAUUGAUUAAUGAACUGAUUUUUAACGAAUGAACUGUGUGAUUAGAUAAUGAUAGUGUAACUGUCGGGGUGGGGUAGCGCGUCGUGCUGUCGCGAACACACAGACCGGUCCGGUCCGGUCCGGCCCGGGCCGCCUGUCACGUCGAUUUAACAAGCUCAAUUUUAUCCGAACUAAAUCGAUUAGUCGGUACGUAUAAGUCAAAUGCGUCAAUUAAACAAUUGUAUGGUUUCCAAAGAAUGGUGUAUCACUUCACGGUUCGGGCGAGCUCUGGGGGUAGACAUAGUUUCCGACUCGUUUCUUCACACUCUCUCUCUCUCUCGUGCUAAGUUACUUGCCUGCGUGGCGCGGCGGCCGCCGUGUGCCAGUCGGCACAUUCCGGCUAGGCUUAAGUGUUUCUCGUAGCGCGGAGUGCCCACACGCACUCUCUCAUGUUGCGAAGGAAGUGAAGACGCUGUUCCACUGCUGCGUAGGGCCUCCACAUGUUAGAGCUGGUCGCGCUACGGACGACAUGAGCACGUGGCCACCGUACAAACCGCGUAUUGUGGACACACGCCGACCGCCGCGCCGACAUCCUAAUAGUUAUCAAUGAAAUUCUAGUUAUAAUUAACAUAUUUAAAAAUCAAUAUAAUGGGUAUAAUUAGAUAAUUUUUAAAUUAAAAUUACUGGGAAAAUGUUAAUGUUGUUAUACUGAAGUUGUUACAAUAUUUGAGAGUAUAUUAACGUGAAUACAAAAUAAUAAUUUUAGUGCGGUAAUCAUAAUCCGGAUGAAGUUUAUCGCGUGGAAAGAUAAUAAAUAGUGCAACGUCCCGAGUACUUGUGUUAGUGCAUGCGUAGAGGCGCCGCCGGCUGUGCGGUCAGCCCGCCCCGCACGGGCUGCCUGUGCCCGCCCCGCACGCGGCGCCGCCCGCACCCGCACGCUCCCGCCUCCCACUCCCGCACUUUACCCAUCAUUAUGUAAUGCUGUUACGGUUAAGGAAUUUCAAUGUUGUAGGAUAAGGUAGCUAGUUGUCAUUGUUCAUCGUACGGAACCGCAGAGGUUCGGUCAGCCGCGGCCGGCGCGGAGACAGCCCGCCGGCCGCUCUCAUCCUCCCAUUUUAAUUUUAAUAGCUAAAUGUUGUUGAAUUUGUUGAUAGAGUGGUUUAUUGUAAUUACUAUAGGUAGUUUAGUGGGUAUACACACGAAGGUGGCAGCCGUUGGGUGCGCUAGGCUAGAGUAAGGUUCGAUACUGUGUUUAGGAAAAUGGCUGUGCGUUCAAGUCGAACUCAACAUUAAGACAUCACCAUAACGCUUGUUUCUGAAGGGCGCGAAUCGCACACGACGCUCGCGCGCACUCGUGGCGCCGCUCGCCCCUCGUGGCGCUGCUGGCCACUCGUGGCGCCGCUGGCCAUACGGUGGCGCCGCUGGCCACUCUGUGGCGCCUCUCGCUACUCGUGGCGCCGCUCGCUCACUCACUAUCUGUAUAUAAUUGCAUAACAUUUUUUCAUUUACGUUUUCUCCUUGCUCAUUGUCAUCAAUUUAUUAAAGACUGAGGAAUCAACUCGCGCAUAUUGACAUCGUCACGAACGCGUCCCAAACGGUAGGGAUUAAUUGUAAUAUAUAAUUGUUUUAAUCAUUAAAAUAAAAAUUUCGCUCGGUUUCAUGUGGGCUCGUCUGCCAGGGCGUAGUCGUGUGCGAUUCCCGCAGUACACUCGCGGUGUUUACUGUUUCAUUGUUACUCUCUCUUUUAUUGUUAACGCCCAACCUGAAGAUUUCCAUUAAUUGGCCGCCACUGCGAGUGUACGGAGUGAGCGGCGCGCGGCGCCUGCCGGCCGGCGGGCGCGGCCGAGUGGUCGGACGGGCGAGUCGGUCCGGCCGGGCGGCCGAGCCGGUCGGCGGCGCAGGCGCGCGGGCGGUCGAGCGGUUCGGCCAGUCGGCCCGUCGAGCGCCGAUCAGUCGUUGUCUCAUCAACCUUUACACAUGUUGAGAUUGAUAUGUUAUACUAAUUCUAUUGAAUUAUAACUUGUUGCGUAUUAUAAGUAUGUAUAGAGCGAGCUCCGGCUCCGUACGUUAUGUGUAAAUGUCAUACGUUGAUAACAUUUGUUGCUGUACAGUUCAGUGAUGGAAUUUUUAUUUUUUAUUAUUAAUAUUUUUUGUUAACUUGGUUUACGAUAAACGGGUCUGCAAUGUUAUGUAACGAGGAUAUAAUUUUUAAUUAAGUUUGAAUUUAAAAUGCAAUGUUGAAUAAUAAAUAUGUUUUGAAUUAAAAAUUCACUAUAUUUUAGUCAAUGUUUAUUAUUGUUUAGUUAGUUGUACUGUCAGAUUGAUUUUCUAAUGAAGUGUUAUUUUGCAAUGUUGUAAAUGAUAAGAGGUAAAAAUGGAAGGUUACAAUGUCUUAGUGUUUAAAAGCUCGAAACCAAUUGAAAGGUACCUUGAACAUUGUCUAUAUUAUAUUAACAUUAAUAAAUGCAAAAAGGAAA